AUGCCCCAUAUGCGUGAGGUGAAGACCUGUGACCGCUGCCGGCAUUUCAAGCGGCGCUGCGACCUGCUCAAGCCAUCGUGCUCGCGAUGCAUCCAGGCCGGGGUGCGCUGCAGCUUCGAUGUCAAUGGCGUCGCCGUGCCCAGCGCAGCAGCUGCCACUGGCACCAGUGCGUCUCCCGGCUCAUCACGACAAAGGACGGCGCUCGCGUCUUCUUCAUCUCCUCCCGUGAAUGGUGAUGCCGCGGGCCAAAACGGGCUCAUCUCGCCCACUGCUUCAACGGAGAGCCCUGAGCCCGUUGUCUCCAUCGAUGAGAAUGGCAUGCCGGUUCAGGGUACUGCCAACCCGCUGCGCGUUGUUCGCAAGCGCAAGCGCAAUUGCCUGAGCUGCUUGCGCUGCCACCGCCUCAAAGUCAAGUGCGAUAAAGAGCUGCCGUGCGGUCGUUGCAAGUCGAGCGGCAACGGCAGGGAGUGCUAUUAUAGCUACAACAAGGGCCCCAACGGCGGAAAAUUCCCCUGUCCCACAGCUCCAUCAAACAACGAGGAGACAAAGACAGUCCUGGCCACAUGGCAAGUCCAACAUAAAGUACGAGGAUCCAGCCAUUGGCGAGAUCUCAUGACCAAGAUUGGCGCUUUGGCAUCUUUGGAAUCGGCCCCGCUGGCUGCCGCUCUUGAAGACGUUGCUACAAAUGCUUGCUUGGCCAACUUCACGCUGCCGGGCAAUUUCCCCUUUGGUACCCCUGGUGCCACCAAGUACUUUGCGCGCGAAGCCGUCACUCGGCUGUUGGCGGGCGAAAGGCAAAACCAUGAGAGGUAUCUCCAGCGAUAUCUCGACUUGCUUGAUGUCGUGAAUCCAAUCAUCGACCUCCACAUUUUCAAGCGCGAGAUCGAGCGGUAUUGGCUGGAUCCCAAUGCUUCCAAUCUUUGCUGGUUGGCGCAGUUCCUCAUGGUCAUGGGACUCGGCAGCUUUGCCUCCGCCGAAGGAGAGCCUCCCGUCGCCACAGAAUUCAUGAUGGCUGCUGAAGCAUGCCUCAUGCAGACGCCCUUUUCCUUCAGACCGACCUUGCUCACCCUCAAGACGCUGGCCCUCAUGGUAGUGGCCAAGCAGGUCUGCAACCCCACUUGCUGGUCCGUGGAUUCGUGCUGGUCCCUGCUCGGACUGCUCGUCCGCACAGCUUUCAUCUAUGGUCUUCCGCAGGACCCGACUGAUGAUGCGGAGACUAACCAAGAGGAAAAGGACGCUCGGAGAAAGCUGUGGCUUACCAUCCUGUACCUCGAUAUCAAGGUGGCCAUGUGCACCGGCAUGCCUCCUCUUACACGGCCGGAUGAGCUUGGCAACCUGCAAAAAAUUCCAGAGUGGGGUCCGCCGGACAGCCUCCAGAUGGUAUUAUACCAGUCGCUGCCAACCGUGCUGUCCGUCAUGGCACAGAUCAAUUCCAAGAAGGAUCAAAUCUCAUACCCCGACGUGCUGCGGUACAAUGCUCAGCUGCGAGAGCUCAUGAGCCAUGCCCAGCGCGUCUGCGUCGGGCAGCUACAGCGGGUAACCGUCGACAUCUUCCUGCGACGGUGCCUCAUGGUUUUGCAUCGUCCUUUUGCGUUGCACCCAGAGGGCCCUGUCAUGUUUCCUGAAUCGUACUGGUCAUCCCUAGAAUGCUGUCUUGCGUUGCUGGUGCAUUAUCGUGAGAUGUGGUGUAGCGAUGCGAGCCUGCGAUUAGAUCUCGUUGGACGAGCUUUUGUCCUUGACUUCUUCUCCGCAACCCUUACAACGUAUAUCCAUGUGCUUCGCGCAGAUGCGCCUCUUACAGGAGCUGCCGCCAUAGGAUGUGCUUUUCCUCCUCGGCAAAUUAUUCUCGACACUUUACGAAGCUGUGUCGAUAUUUGGAGUUCAGAAAAGGAUAAGAGCGUGUGCUACCGCACUGGUUACAACCUGCUCGAUGCGGUGCUCAACUUGGUUCCUAAAAAUAAGAUAUAA